UAUAGAGCCGAAAUACUGCCUCGCCUCGAUUUUGGAAGCCGCUCAGCUAUUCGAGCUUUACGCGAAGUCCGAUGGCCCUGGAGCGAGUAUGAGACCGACAGCAUUGGUAUUCGCUUUCUACUGUUCUAUGCUCUGUCGGCAUUUUUGAUUAUCGCUCUCGUAGCACUGCCAACCUAUUUCAUCAAUAUUGUCGUUGCGAGAGCUCUUCAGGACUUCGGACAAGCGAUUGAGAACUUGAGCAUAAGCUUUGUGCUCCUAGCUGAUUGCUUCAUGCGAUCUUACAUCAACGGAACGGAUUACAAGACAGUCUGUACAGAUAUCCGCUACGCUCCUGCGAACAGAACCGCGGCUGUACUACAUCCUCUUAUUGGAUCCUUCAACCCAAUGAUUGACUCGAUUCUUGAUGAGUGGGACAAUUGUUUCACUGGCGAAAUACUACCAUGGGUAGAUGACGCCCCGAAGGAGGAUGGCCUCGGGGAUAACAUCACGUAUAUUCCCGGCUGUCCCGAGGAGUUUGCGAGUAUGGGUGACAACAGUACGACGCACCAGUCAUAUUACCGAGCAAGAAAGGGGUACUUGAAGGAGGAAUACGGGUGUAAAUGCACCUGGCUUGGGAAGGUCUAUCGAGAUGGAGAUUAG